AUGAGAGGCCUCAUGUCCGAAGAUUGUAUCCAGUCGUCUCGCUUUGUCGAGGUCUGCAGGUUGCGAUCCAUCCGACAAGAGCUUAACGAGGGAGACACACUCGUCUUCAUCGACUUCCCCGAUCUUUCGCGUCGUCAACCGAGACAAACUGAUUGCUAUGGCGUGCCGUACACAUCUCAACAGUUCCGUGUGCACUCGGAAAAGCUGCUCGCAACUGGCUCUGCCAAGUUUGCCGAGAUGCUAAACCCGACGUACCAGUUUCGCAUUCAAAGACGAAGAAAGCUGACCAAGAGUCUCCCAGAAGGCAUCAAGUAUGUUCUCGACUUGACGCCGCCGUCAGAGGGCGAUGAGCUCGUCUUUCAAGUGACUCAGCUGUCUCUCACUCCCGGCACCAUUAAAUGGUGGGCUGCCAAUGCCCUCCACAAAGUGAGCAACUGGCUGGUGUCUGGACAUGACGACGUCUGCACAUGUGGUCAGGCGCCCAUCCCCGGCUGGGGGGUCCCAAAAGAAGGGGUGAAAGCGCAGGAACAAGAUGGAAAUUCCAACGAGGAGCCAGCGACCAACAGCAAUAAGUCAGAUAACAUCAACGGCGAGGCAAUAACCGCACCCUCACCGCAAACCUUGAUUGCCAAACGGCUUCACGGGAUCAACCGACCGUAUGAGACGCCCAGUUACCGCAACAUUCCUGACUACUGCCCCAUACGCCACUGCAACAGCAUCAUCCGUCUCCUGAUGAUGAUAGAGGGACACGACGUCAUGCUCGACUCAGCAAACCGUGUCUGGACUUUGGUUGCCCUGGCAAAGAUAUUCGACUGCACGUCCGUCGUUAGAGAUCCAGUGACCCAGUGGAUCAUGUAUUUCGACAACACCAAGUUCAUCGAAGUCCUCCCAGAAGAGGCACUGCAGAUUGGCUUUACCCUGGAGCUUGUACAGGUCACGCAAUGCGCUUUUCGAAUACUCGUCAACGAGCAGGCCAUUAAAGAUGCCAGCACCGACUCAAGCCGCGAUUUGAGUCGCGUCACCAUUUUUGGAAGAAGGCUGGGCAGUUUAGACGAUGAACUGCACAACAUUGUCCAGCACGCUGCUCGUGCCCUUGUUGAGAGGGUGUCGUUGAUCCCUGAUACAUUUCGAAGUCAAUAUAGCCUUGACUGCUGGAUGGUUGAAGAAUGGGUCAAGCUUCGGAAAAUGGAAGGCAUCCUCGUCGAGCAUCGCUCUGUAGGAAGCAAGAUGGGUUUGAAUUCCCUGCGUGAUUUGAUGAUGGAUAUGCAGAAUACCAUCGCAACCGCCUUCAAUAAGUUGGAGACCAGUUUGGCGGAACGGCAGGCGCUUAUCUCCAUGGAUACGGACCGAGCUACAUAUGUGUUACCCGACGACUAUCAACUGCUCGAGGAAAUCUUACCAGAACUGAAUCUCACCCAGAAGCUAUUGUGUCCCUUUAUCUACCAGCAGAUGGGCGAGAUGUGGGAUGCCAACGCCAGUCAAUCCAAGUGGCUUAGUGCAGCAAAUGGACUAUCGACUGGGUCACUUAGGGUACAAAUGGCCAAGGCACAGUAUGCUCUGCAGAAAAUGUUCUUUGCAACGCCAGAAUUAGCGGCCAUGGCCCCCUGGGAGGUGUCCCUGAGUUCUAAUACUGUAGAGGAUUUUAUCGACGGGGCUAGCCCGUUUGUUGAUCUGGACGUCCUCAACAGGCAGAUUCAUGAUGCCAUCUUGCCGUACACUAGCUCGUGGGUGCGGUUUGAUAUUGAGCCGGCGUUGAACAUGACCCGCCACAUGCUUCUCACUCUCGAUAACAACGAGCUGAAAUUCCUUCCGCUCUGGGCUGGAGGCUGCAAUGACGGCACUGGAGGGGUGUUUGAACCAGAGCUUCCACCCGCUCAAUGGGGCCCGAAUGGGCCUGGGCCGGCCUAUCACACUGGAAUUACGAUUCCCUCCACGUCCAGCGUCUCUGGUUCUUUGGUCAACGAUUUCUCGACGAUGAAAGUCAAGGGCAGCACCGUGGUUGGGUCGCUAGACGCCCAGGACAGCAUAUCGACUGUGUAUGCACCCGGCCACGUUAUUGCCGACAAUGUCUCCGUUGCGUCCGAAUCCUUCGACACGGAUGGAGCCGAAUAUUAUCAGGAAGCGAGGUUCGUAAUCCCGGCAGAGCAUCAGGACACUGGUCGGGCGGUGGACAUGAUGGUCGAAUCUCUGCACUCGGACGCAGAUACGGCGUCGGUCGUGACGGAUAGAGAGACGGUGAUGGGCAGCACCCACGAUAGCAGCGAUGACGAUGUUAUGAACAUUGAUGAUCCGGUGGCUAAUGUGAUUGCCCAGAGCGAUGAGAGCGAUAGCGAUGCGAGCACGUUAGAGGCGUGGGAUGAAUUAUGA